UACAAAAUGGCGGCUUACUAUUAUUGAAUUUUGGAAUAUUAUUGUUUGUUUUUAUACGAUUUUUGUUGUGUUUUAGCAAGUUUUGUGUUUAUUGCGUUAUUGUUUCCACAAUGGGGGAGAUCGGUGAUUUGUUGUCACAAUAUUUUGUGCGUUUAGCAUCGUUUCAAGGGCUGAUAAACGAAAAUCAAGCGAGUGACAGCGACUGUCAUCAACAAACACGCGUUGGAAAUAAUAUAAGACCAAAUGUGUCUGUUAGUGAUAGAACAUCGUUUAUAAAGUUAGCAAGAGCUGGAUUUUAUUAUGCUGGACCUGUUGAAGGUAUUCAGUGUUUUGUUUGUAAAUCGAAAGCAAGAUAUUUAAAUUGGAAUAACGAAUCUCCAGUUGCAGUCCACCGAAUAUUGAAUCCAUACUGCCCAUUUCUUCAAUCACCACCGGCUUCUUGUUCUAGUGAAAAUAACAUUUGCUGUAAUUCUACUACCAUAGAAUCACCAGCCACUGAUGGCCACGUAUCAAAUCAUUGCUGUACAAAUAGUCAACAGCCAGAUAAUCCUACCCAGUUGCAAGAACCCAGCGACGACAGAGGUGAAGUAAAUGGCGUUUCAAAUUCCAUCCGUCAAGAUGAAACACCUCCGAAUGGUGGCUCUAAUGCGAAUACAACAAGGCAGUCGUUGAAUAGCGUUCGCAGAAAUUUAUUCUGUGCCAGUCCUGCCGGUAACCAAUCUAAUCUUAACGUUGAUAACAAUGAACCAACAGAUAAUAACAUCAUUGGACCGCAGUCCCAAUGGUCGGAUCAUGUUGAAGAAUAUGCCGGACGGCUUACACUUCCUAAAAUCGGCGACAAACUUUUCAAUUCUUACGAAUCUUUUCGCAUCCUCACCUAUCCUAAUCCCCAGGAUGAAACGGCCGGGGAAUGGGCGGCAGGUGGAUUUGUGUACGUUGACGAUGACAAAGUUCAGUGUGUUUAUUGUGCGGGAAUCGUGACGUCAUACAGAGAACAAUUAAACAUAAUAGAGGUCCAUGAAAAAAUCUCACCUAAAGGUCGAUAUUGUUGUCCAAUGGUCAGUGGAAUUGAUGUUGGAAAUGUGUCGAGGAAAUUAGAAGAGUUAGUAAGAAAGAAGUUAAUAAAUAAAAAUAACCGACCCAAAUAUAUGAAAACCGGUUUCCGAGUUCUACAUCCACAGUAUAGAAGCAUGGAAGAAAGACUAGCAUCUUUGAGACAUUGGCCAAAACAAUACAAACCAACCAAAACACAGUUAGCAGAGGCAGGAUUUUUCCAUACAGGUGUCGUAACAAAAGUUAUAUGUUUUAGUUGUGGUUUAUCUAUCAGAGAUUGGGAACCAGAAGCAGAACCAUGGCAGCAACAUGCUUUAAUAUCACCAACAUGUGGAUUCAUUAAAUUUAUAAAAGGAGAAGAAUUUAUUCUACAAAUGGCAGCAAUACAGCAACUGGUUGAAGUUGAUCCAUCAGUAACAGAAGCAGUAACAUCAAUAGGAGAAUUAAAUAUACCUGAUCCGUACCCUCCAACAUUGAAUACAACUCUACUAGCAGCUUAUAGUACAUGUGGGUACAACAUCUCUACUACUCAAUUACUUCAUCUUAUACAACAAUUCUUUAUACAUACAUGUGGAAGAUAUCCAAGUGUUGAAAUGUUAAAAGCUGCUGUUUUAGCUGAUGGUGAAUUAAAGAAACAUGUUGACAUCAUAGAUCUACAGGGUGAACAGCUACAGACUAAAGAUAAACAGUUAGAUAGCUUAGAUCAGGUGAUGACUGUUAAAGACCAGUAUUACAAGACUACUGUAGCUUCUCUUAACCAGCAUCAUAAUAUUAUCAUUGAUUGUAAAGAACAGGAGUACAUCCAACAACUAAACCAUAAAGAUCAAGAGUACACCCAACAACUGAACCAUAAAGAUCAAGAGUACACCCAACAACUGAACCAUAAAGAUCAAGAGUACACCCAACAACUGAACCAAGCCAGUCAUGAACUGAACCAACAGAGUCAACAACUGAACCAUUAUCGCUGUACUAAACGUCAGUUACGACAACAGAUAAGAGAAAAAGACGACCAUAUUGAGAACUUAUCUAACAGACUGCAGACGGCUGUUGACAGACAUAGAUCAAGGGAAGAUAACUUACAACAAACUUUUCAGACAACUUUACAACAACAGACAUAUAUACAUCAGACACAGUUACAGAGAAAACAGACAGAAUUAGAAACUGAAACAGCUCAAUUACAGGCUGAGAUACAGAAAUAUGAGGAAGAGUUAUCUAACUUGGUUACAGAAUUCACUAGAAUCAAAUCUACAGUUAAUAAGCGUGAAAAUCAACAAGAAAAUCAACAACCUGACUCAACAGCUGUCAAUCAACCUGACCCGUCUGCUAUAAAUCCUGAUAGAUGUCUGAUUUGUUUAUCUGAAACUCGCGUUGUUUUAUUUCGACCGUGUAAACAUGUUUGUUGUUGUACGACUUGUGCUCCUCAUUUCAUGGAUUCACCUUGUCCCAUCUGUCGUACUACUGUUCAGGAUUGGGAAAUCGUUUUUCUUUCUUAAUUCAGCUGUAUUUGACAAAUAUUAAUUUUUAUGACUUCUAUUAAAUCACGGAUUCAUCAUGUCCCGUCUGUCGUACUUGUGUACACAAUUGGGAAAUUGUUUUUUUUUCGUA